AUGGACGACGCAUAUUCAAAUAGACCAACAUCUCCAAAAGAUAAGAAAACAACAAUAGAAUCAAUGAGGAAUGAGAAUAUGAAUUACAUAGAGUAAAUAUCUAUAAUAUUUAAGUUCAUCUGAUGUAGUAGUUGAAUAUUACAAAAAUUAGUAACUUAUAUAAUUUAUUUUAGAACUGCAUCUGGUUUGGAUCGUUAUUUUUUGGAGAUUGAAGAUUGGCUAGAUGAAGAGAAAUCCUUGCAUUUAAACACUCCAUUAGUAUUAGAAGCAGAUGAUGGAAUUGGAAAAAAGACACUUUUAGUAAAAUGGAUGGAAUACCAUGCUAAAAAUAAAAAAGGAGUAUCAAUUCAAAUUAUCAUAGCGUUAUUAAGAUUAUAUCAUACCUCAUUUUGCUACCCAAUCAGGCAAGAAUAGUAAUUACUUUUUUGCAAUUUACCGAAUAUUAAUUAAAUUAAGAGAAACUUUAAAUAUCAAAUAGAAAGUAGAAUUAGUGGAAGAGAAGCUUCGUAGAUACUUUCAUUAUUGGCUAGAAAUAUGUAGUAGAGAAUUAGAAUAACAAUUCUUAAAUGGAGCUAAAGUUAUAUAUGAUAAAGUAUUUAUUAUCUAAAUUAUAUUAGGUGAUAUUGAUAUUUGAAGGAAUUGAUAAUUUUAGAGAUAUGUUAGAUGUUCAUAGAGAAGCUAAUGUUUCCUUUUGGUUACCAAAAUAUUUCCCAAAAAACAUUAAAGUUAUUGUAACUGCUGAAAAAAAUUCUAAUUCUAUGAGAAUACUUAAACCUUCUUGUCAUGUGAUUCCAAUUACUUGUGAUUCUAAAGUAAUCAAAACAAUGGUUAAUGGUCAUUUUGGAAAACCCUCAUUUCUAGUAUUCUUUAUUUUUAACUCCUUAGUCUGACUAGAGAGUAUAAGCAAUUCAGGAUUUAUUUAUUUAAUUAAAUUAUAAAGUGAGAAAUUAGCCACUCUUUGUUAGAAGUUUUAUGACUGUAUUUUUACCUUAUCCAACAGAUGGUCUUGUUGAACUUAAAGAUAUUGAUAUUAAUACUGUUGAAAACAUUUUAAAAGAAUUAAAUUUAUAAUAGAUUAAACAUUUCAGAACUGUUGAAGAAUUAUUUACAUUUUAAUUAAAAUUCUUUAGUGAAAGCUUUAUUUUUACUCCUAAAACUCCUGAAUUAAAAUAAGAUCCAAAGUUUAUUUAACUCAUUACUGUACUUGCAAUUACAUAAAAAGGAUUGACUUACAAAGAAAUUCAAUCUGUAUGUGAAUUUGAUGAUAAAUAAUGGAAAUUAUUCUUGCUUUUCUUUAAGAUAUUUCUUAUGAAACAUCGUGAAUUAUGGAUUAUACAUAAUGAAAUAUUCAAAAAAUGUGUUAUUAAUUGUUAUCAUAAUGAUAAAACAUUGUAAUUACAUGACAAAAUUGCAGAAACUAUUGAUAAAUACACUAAUAAUUCAAUUAGAAAAUUAGAAGAAGAAACCUUCCAUUUAUUUUCAGCUAAAAACUAUUUUAAAUUAAAAGAAAUCAUUAGUAUUAUUGAAAACUUCUUACUAUUAUUUAAUCCCAAUAAUAAAUAUGAUCUUUGUAGAUAUUGGUAAAAACUAGAGGAAAAUGGAUUUGAUCCAGUACUUGAGUAUAAUAAAGCAGUAGAAGGUUUUCAAAUACAUUAUCAUCCAAGUUCAGAAGAUCUCUUUAGAAUUAUUAUUUAAGUAUCAAGAUUUCUAAAAGAAUUUGGAGAUUUUGAAACUAAAAACACUCCUGUUUUUAGACAUCCUCCUAUUAUAGGAGUCUUGUAAGAUUUAUAUGAUAUAGGAUUAUUAUAAGAAAUUUUGAAGUUAGAUUUGUACUUUAACAAAGAUCCAGAGUUAAAAUAAUUUGAUCCUGUCAAACAUUUAAAAAGAGUUGCCAAAGCAAUUAAAACACCUGCUCUUACUAAAAUGGAGUCUCAAAACGUUGAAAUACAAUAAAAUAGAUAUGAAGUCAGAAAUCAUUAUUUAUCAUAAAUGAUUAAAUCUACUGAAACAGAACCUGAUGAAUUAGAAACAAUAUAAACUUUGGAUGUUGAAGAAUGUAAGGAUUAAAUGUAAAAGAUAUUACAAAAAUUGUUAUCAAAUAAAAAAGAAUAUUUAUCUGGAGAAGAAGAAAUUACUGGAGAUAGAGUUUCAUCAGACUAUUAUUAUAAAAGAUGGAUUUGGAUCUAAUUCCCUUGGGCAUGUUUGAGUAUUAGUAAAAAAUGUGAUUAUUCUAAAACUAUCAAGCACUGUUUCUCUUCUGCAACUGAUUAUAUGAGUGUUGAAGAAGAGCAUGCAUAUACAAAUUGUAAUUCAAAUAUUUUAAUAUCUAGCCGCAUUAAAAAUUGCUAUUGAAGCUAAAUUAAAAAAAAAAUUGAUGUAUGAGACUGAACCAGAAGAAUAAUAAUAAUCCCUAAUCUUAAUACCAUAAGCUAGUAUUUUAAAUCAGCCUUAGCCAGUCAAGAUUGAAUAUACAUUUGAUAAUACUUAGGCUAGUAGAUUUGAUAGAAGCAAAGCUAUUCUCCCAAGAAUAGAUAGUAUUCAUAAUUCAUCUAUAAAUAUGUCAUAAGAAAAAUAUGAACGAACAAUGUUUAUCACAUAAGAUUUUACUGACUUAGAUAAUCUAAAUUAAGAAUCUAAAUAGAUUAAAAUUACAAUAGAAAAUAGAUCAAAUGAUGGAUAGAAUACAGUAAAAAUAUUGGACAAAUUUAAAUCACAAAAAGGUAGAUUAAAAUCUUUUUAAUCCUCUUCUCUCUCGUUGAAUGCAUAUUAAUAAACUGAAAUAUUCCCUAUCCUCAAAACAGAUAUCCAAAAACAUUCUUAAAAAUAAUUACAUCUUUUAGAAUAGCAAGCUAAACAAAUGAGAAAGAAAUUAGAUACUUUGAACUAUGAGAAUUUGAAAUUAGCGAAAAUACUUAAAUAAUAAAAAAUAAUUGAUUUUAAUAAAGGUUACAUUAAGAAAGAAUUAUCUAAUUUGGAAGAGUUAAAGGAAACAAAGAUUGAACUUGAAAAAAAAUUAAAAGAGGCUGAAGAGUCUUAUAAAUCUAGUAGUAAUUAAAAAGUUAGAGUUAUAACAAUUUUGAAAAUAUGCAAGGAUAAUAAAUAAUAGAAUGAAGAAUAUAUUAGGGUAAUUAUUCAUCAAUUUAUUUUAAGCAUUUGUAAUAGUUGAUUAAUAAUUUUAAGAAAUUAAUUCGAUUUGAAGAAGUAGAGAUUUCAAAAAAUAAAUAACAGAUCAAAACUUUAUAUAGAACUAUAGAUGACUUUUUAAUGACUUAUAAUUAGAAAAAAAAACAUUAAGGAAACUUAAUAAAUUAAAUUAGAAAUUCCUUACUAGAAAAAAAAAAUUUAGAUCAUCUUUUUUAAGCAGGUAUUAAUAUGAAUAUAAUCUAUUAGCUGAUGUUUACAUUUAGGAUUCUGCAUUAGAAUCAGUUUAAAAUUUAAGACGACAAUAAGCUAAAUAGAAUGAUGCAUAAUAAAAUAAGAAAUUGAAACAAUAAUAAGAGAAAAACACUAAGACCAUUCAUGAAAAACUAGAGCAAUUUGAGAAAAAUUAUGCAUAAAUUAAAGGAAUAUUUGAUGUAAAAUAAUAAAAUUACAGUAAUUCAAAUAAUUUUCUUGAUUUUAUGGCAAAUAUUGAAAAAAAAAGCGAAUUAGAAAUAUAGUUAUCAGAAUAACAAUAAAAUUUAGAAGCUGCAAAAUAAAAAAAAGUUAAAUUAGAAGAAGAAUUAUAAACAUUUUAAAAUGCAUAUUAAAUGAACAAAUCUUAAAGUUUAUCUAAUAUUGAAGCCAUUGAUAACUGUAAUUUUAUUAUUAAGAUAAUUAGAAAAUGUUGAAAAGUAAGAAAAUAACAUCUAAGUUUAAGCAGAUUUUCUAAGAAAAAUAAGAGAUUUGAAAGUUAAAUGUUAUUCAUCCUAUGAUUCUUUAUUUACUAAAUUUGCAUGUAAAAAUGAUCAAUAAGUAUAAUUUAUUAUUAUUAAGUUACUAAAUGUUAUCAAAUUAAGAAAAUAACAAAUAUUUCAGAAUGAGGGAGAGGAGGCUUAUACAAAAAUAUUAGAUAACUCUUAUGAUAUGGAUAAAAUAUAUAAGAAACUUGUUCCUUAUGAAAAUGUGUUAAAUUUAAGUCAGAGUUCUGAAUCUGAUCAUGAAAUGUGA